AACGCUUCAUUUUUUCUCCAGAAGCAAAAUUACAUAUACGCAUAUAUACUAGUAAUACAUACGUACACAGUUGAAGGUUUUAGCAGCUGAGUAUGAGGAAGGAACUGUGCAGAAAUUUUCAGCGUGGCAGUUGUAGGUAUGGGGAGAAUUGUAGAUUUCUUCAUCCACAACAAGCUAAGCCUAAUAAUCCAUUUGGCUUUGGUACACAACAACAGCCACAACAACAACAACAGCAGCAACAGAAUAGUUCGAACCCUUUUGGAUUUGGUGUACAAGGUGGUGGUUCCAGCAGACCGAAUCAAUUUCAGCCUUUUGAGAAUACAUGGUCAAGAACGGCUUCUACACCUACUGGUGGGGGUGGUGCUGCUGCUGCGCAGCAGACUGGUAAACAGACGCAGCCGGCAGACCAUAAAUGCACAGAUCCUGCUGCGUGUAAGCGGGUAAUGCAAGACGAUUUUAAGAAUGAGAGACCCAUGUGGAAGCUCACGUGCUACGGCCACUGGAAAUAUUUUCCAUGUGAUGUUACGGGUGAUAUCAGCUAUGAAGAGCUACGUGCAAUGGCAUACGAAGAAGCUAAACGAGGGAUACCUCUACAGUCGAUUGUUGAGAGGGAGAGGAAUCUGCAAAACUCCAAAAUAGCUGAGUUUGAAAACUUUCUGCGGAAUCCAUACAAAGGCUCUGUUACCGCCAAUCAAAGCCCGUUUGCUGCAACCACUCCUAGUAUCUUCCCACCGACUGGUCAGAUCAAUUCCUCUCCUCCAGGAUUCUCUGGCUUUAAUCAACAAACUGCAUUCACCAAUACCAAUGCUGGUGGACUCAGUUCAUCUGGACCUCCGAAUGCCUUUGCAAGCUUCAAUCAACAAUCAAAUAAUCAACAAACUACCUUCCCCAAUACCAAUGCUGGUGGAGUCAGUUCAUCUGGACCUCCGAAUCCCUUUGCAAGCUUUACUCCACAAUCGAAUAAUCAACAAACUGCAUUCCCCAAUACCAAUGCUGGUGGUCUCAGUUCAUCAGGACCUCCAAAUGCCUUUGCAAGCUUUAAUAAACAACCAAAUGCUUUCAGCGUCAACACUCCUCAACCUGUUCCUUCAGGUCCCUCUGGUUUCCAAACCCAUCCAUCAACAACAUUCAAACCAGCAUCAUUUGGACCUGGACCUGGACUCGCCACAACUCCACAAAACAAUAACAUCUUUGGUCCAUCAACUCCAACGCCGGCUCCCAACACUUCCCAGAACAUUCAGGCCGCAUUCAACUUCAAUGUCCCUGUUGCAUCUUUCACUGCUCCUGCUGUAGACACAACAAAUACAUCUUCCGGAACCGAGCUGCAAAUAGGUGAUCCUGUUGAUAGUAGCAUCUGGUUAAAGGAGAAAUGGAAUCCAGGGGAGAUCCCGGAGCAAGCGCCGCCUGAUGCCUUUGUUUAACAAUAUGAAAAGAGUCGUUGAAACAAUUACGUAUAGGCUGAUUUCUCAAAUUGGCGCAGAAAAGUUGUUUUUUUGUCACUAACAUUUGUGAAUGAUUUUAUGAUCACAAACAGAUUUGUGGCAAAUACAAGUUGACCAUUAGU